AACCCCAUUCCUCUGGAUCCUGAAAACCCACAAAAAAUUCCCUGUAUAUAAUAUAUACACACACAGUAUAUAUAAAUUAUUUCCACUAUAGAGCCGAUUUCGAGUUCUGUAAGUUCACCAGAUUUUCCGGAUUAUCAUUCUUGACUUUGGAGCCUAAAGGUGUUUGAUUUUUGAAUAAUAAUAAUAAUGGCUUCCCCAGUUGAGAAAUUGGGUGUUUUAGAGGAAGAGAAAAAGGAAUGUGUUGUGGGAAAUGAGAAGGAAGGAAAGGAAGUUGUUGGUGUUCUUGAGGUGUUUGUUCACCAAGCAAGAGAUAUUCAUAAUAUAUGUAUUUACCAUAAGCAAGAUGUGUAUGCAAGGCUUUCAUUUACAACAGAUCCUGCAAACUCUGUUUCCACCAAAACCAUCAAUGGUGGUGGGAGGAAUCCUGUGUUCAAUGAGAGUGUUCGCCUCGACGUUCGGUCGAUCGAUACGAUGCUUAAAUGCGAGAUAUGGAUGCUGAGCAGGGUCAAGAAUUAUCUUGAAGAUCAGUUGCUUGGUUUUGCUUUGAUCCCUCUAACAGAAGUUGUUGCUGUUGAUAACAAGUUAGAGAAAGAAUUCAGUCUUUCGUCAACAGAUUUAUUCCAUUCUCCCGCCGGGUUCGUGCAGCUAUCUCUUUCGUAUAAUGGAGCGUCUCCAGAGGUCAUGGCGAUCCGGACCAUUGAAACAACUGUAGGGGUGGAGGAUUCAGAUUUAACCAAGUCACAUCCAAGCGAUUUGGACAUGAUCGAAUUCCCCGAUCCGAAGAUUGCGAAUGAAGAUCAAAUAAUGGUGUCUGAGUAUUUCGGUAUCCCGUGCUCGAAUCUGGAUUCGGAAUCUUCUGAGAGCUUGCCCAUUUCAGAAGGUGAGAAUCAGGGCAUUUUAGUUGUCAAAAACUUUUCGAUGUCAAACGACAAGUCGAGUGAAGAAUCAAAGAUAGAUUCUCCACCUAGUAAUGUGCAAAAUGAUGCGGUUUCUUCACCAACGUCGCCAUCGGAAGCUCCCGCCAGUUCGAAAUGUACGACGACUCAAGAACAUGUUUCAGCACCAAAUGAAACAAGUGAGAAAGAACAAAAUGGUGAAAAUGGUGAGGUUAAUGAUUCUUCUACUGAGGCAACAAUUACAAAGCCAUUAGUUUCUGUGAGCAUUGAGGCAGAGGACAAGGUAGUGCAACAAGACAUUGUGGACAUGUACAUGAAAAGUAUGCAACAAUUCACAGAGUCAUUGGCAAAGAUGAAGCUUCCUUUGGAUAUUGACACUAAUGGUUCUCCAACUUCAGCUACCUCGAGCUCUGACCCGAACUUACAAUCGCCCAAAAACAGUGGCUCGCGUGUGUUUUACGGGAGCAGGGCGUUCUUCUGAUCGACUGAGUUCAUCGGCACUAGAUCUUAGGAUUAGAAAACUUAUAUCAGUAAAAGGAUUAUGGUUUUGUAGUAUGGUUCCUUUUGUUUCUAUUUUCCCUUCUAUGCAUUUUGAGAUGUUUUUUCUUUUUAAUCAAACAAGCACGGUCACUUAGUUACUUAGUUUUGUUCCUAUCAAAUGUUGGUGUUAUUUGGUGUACUUGGUUUUACAAGUUAGAAUCUAAUCUCUAUAAUUCGAUAAAA